UCUCUUCUUCUUCUUCCUUCUCUCUGAACUAAAAUCCCAAAACCUCUGAAUCGCAUUUCCCGCCUUUUCCACACAAACACUCUCUCUCCUAGGGUUUCGCACCUCCGCCGGUUCCAGAAUCCACGGCCAUGACGCCGAAGCAGCUCCUCUCCGUAAUCGAAUCGGCUCUACUCGGCCCGCUGCCGCCGAGCCCGUCGCGGAGAGUGGAGCUCAUGCACGCUAUCCGAGCCUCUCUCCCGUCGCUCCAGUCCCUCCUCUCAUAUCCGCCUCCGAAGCCGGCGGACCGAGCUCAGGUUCAGUCCAAGGAAGUCAGGCUUCCCAAUGGGCCGCCGAUUUUGCUUGAUGAUCAGGAUGUCCAGAUUGCUUUGAAGUUAAGUGACGACCUUCAUCUCAAUGAGAUUGAUUGUGUACGCUUGAUCGUCUCUGCAAAUCAAGAGUGGGGCUUAAUGGGAAGGGAGCCACUAGAAAUUUUACGCCUUACAACAGGGCUCUGGUACACGGAGAGAAGAGAUCUAUUAACAGCUCUCUAUACACUUUUGAGGGCUGUUGUGCUUGAUCAGGGACUUGAACCUGACGUUGUAUCUGACAUCCAAAAAUAUUUGGAAAAUCUAAUCAACGAUGGGCUUCGACAGAGGUUGAUUUCUCUUAUAAAGGAACUUAAUAGAGAAGAACCAGCUGGCCUGGGUGGGCCUCAUUCUGAACGUUAUGUUCUCGACUCUAGAGGUGCGCUUGUUGUACGACAAGCUGUGGUGUCUCGGGAAAGGCUCAUACUUGGACAUUGCCUUGUUCUUUCUAUUCUUGUUGUACGGACAAGUCCCAAGGAUGUGAAGGAUAUGUUUAUCGUUUACAAAGAUAGUGCUUCUGAACUUAGUGGGACUAAUGACACCAUAAAACGCCAGAUCACAUUCAGUCUUCUUUUUUCUCUCGUGAUUGGUUUUGUAUCAGACGCUCUGAGUGCAGCACCUGAUAAAGCAUCUGUCUUGUCCGGGGAUGCCUCUUUCAGACAUGAAUUUCACGAAAUCGUAAUGGCAGCCGGAAAUGAUCCUAAUGUUGAGGGCUUGGUCGGUACUAUAAGGCUUUCUUGGGCUGUACACUUGAUGCUAAUACAAGAUGCUCUUACUGGAAGGGAUGCUAUAUCAAGUGUUUCAUCGAGCGAUUUGAGUUAUCUACAGUCAUGCUUAGAAGUAGUUUUUUCCAAGAAUGUUUUCCAGUUUAUAUUAGAUAAAGUUCUUAAAACGGCAGCAUAUGAGAAUGAUGACGAGGAUAUAGGCUAUAUGUACAAUGCCUAUCUUCACAAGUUGAUCACCUGCUUCUUAUCUCACCCACUUGCCAGAGACAAGGUUAAAGAAUCAAAGGAGAGGGCUAUGAAUACACUUAGUCCAUACCGCCUGGUUGGAUCACAUGAUUUUUCCCAUGGUAGUAACCAAACUUCACAAGCCUCUGAAAAUGGCUCUCUGCCAUUCAUCUCUCUUUUGGAGUUUGUGAGUGGAAUUUAUCAGAAGGAACCAGAGCUGUUGUCUGGCAAUGACGUUUUAUGGACAUUUGUGAACUUUGCUGGAGAGGACCAUACAAAUUUUCAAACCCUUGUGGCUUUCUUGAAUAUGCUGAGUACCUUGGCUUCUAGUCAAGAAGGAGCUGCGAAGGUUUUUGAGUUACUUCAGGGCAAAGUGUUUCGUUCUGUUGGGUGGAGCACUUUGUUUGAUAGCUUAUCAAUUUAUGACGAGAAAUUCAAACAGUCUCUUCAAACGGCUGGUGCCAUGUUACCAGAACUCCCAGAGGGUGAUGCAAAAGCACUUGUUGCUUAUUUGAAUGUCCUACAAAAGGUUGUGGAAAAUGGAAAUCCCCUUGAACGAAAGAAUUGGUUUCCUGAUAUCGAGCCUUUGUUCAAGCUUCUUGGUUAUGAGAACGUGCCUCCUUAUUUAAAGGGUGCCUUGCGUAAUGCAAUAACAAUGUUUGUGUAUGUGUCUCCUGCCCUAAAAGAUACAGUCUGGAGUUAUCUUGAGCAGUAUGAUCUCCCUGUGGUUGUUGGAUCCCAUGUUGGGAAGAGUGCACAACCCAUGGCUGCACAGGUAUAUGAUAUGCAAUUCGAGCUCAAUGAAAUAGAAACAAGGAGAGAGCAAUAUCCUUCAACAAUAUCUUUCCUUAACCUGCUAAAUGCUCUUAUAUCUGAAGAAAGAGACUUAAGUGAUAGAGGGCGCAGAUUCAUUGGAAUUUUCAGGUUCAUUUAUGAUCAUGUUUUUAGGCCAUUCCCUCAAAGAGCCUAUGCUGAUCCUUGUGAAAAAUGGCAAUUGGUUGUUGCAUGCCUUCAGCACUUUCAGAUGAUGUUGAGUCUGUAUGACGUCAGUGAAGAAGAUAUUGAUGGUGGCAUUGAUCAAUCUCAGAUUUCAACAGCAACACAAUCUUCACUCCAGAUGCAGCUACCAAUUCUAGAAUUGCUAAAAGACUUCAUGAGUGGAAAAUCUGUUUUCCGGAACAUCAUGGGUAUCCUUUUGCCAGGUGUCAAUACCAUUAUUACUGAACGGGCAAAUCAAGUGUACGGGAAACUCUUAGAGAAGGCUCUGCAGCUCUCACUGGAGAUAAUAAUCCUUGUCUUGGAGAAGGAUUUGCUUCUUUCUGAUUACUGGCGUCCUCUUUUCCAGCCUCUGGAUGUUAUACUCUCUCAAGAUCAUAAUCAAAUUGUAGCUUUGUUGGAAUAUGUCAGAUAUGAUUAUCAACCACAGAUUCAGCAGUGCUCUGUCAAAAUCAUGAGUAUAUUAAGUUCUCGCAUGAUUGGGCUUGUGCAGUUACUGGUAAAGUCAAAUGCUGCAAGCUGUUUGAUUGAGGAUUAUGCAGCCUGCCUAGAAGUACGAUCAGAAGAGUCUCAGGCUGUAGAGAACACUAGUGAUGAUCCAGGUGUACUGAUAUUGCAGCUUCUAAUUGACAAUGUCAGUCGGCCAGCUCCCAAUAUUACCCAUUUGCUACUAAAUUUUGAUCUUGACAGUCCUAUUGAGCGUUCUAUGCUACAACCAAAAUUUCAUUACAGUUGCUUGAAGGUUAUCCUUGAGAUCUUGGAGAAGCUUUCAAAGCCUGAUGUAAAUAUGCUACUUCAUGAGUUUGGAUUUCAGCUCCUAUAUAAACUGUGCGUGGAUCCACUAACAUGUGAUCCUACGAUGGAUCUGUUGAGUAGUAAAAAGUAUCAGUUUUUUGUAAAGCACCUAGAUACCAUUGGGGUUUCCCCACUGCCCAAAAGGAAGAACAACCAGGCCCUACGCGUCAGUUCCCUUCAUCAGAGAGCUUGGCUGCUAAAACUAUUGGCAAUUGAACUUCAUGUUGGCGAUAUCAAUAAAUCCACUCACCUAGAAACAUUUCGUAGUAUCCUUGGGCAUCUUUUUGGGCAGGAAACUCUGGAAAUUGGAUUUGAUCACCUCACCAAGUCUUAUUUGUCUUCUCCUCAAGAUGGUGUUGAGCAUGCUGGAGCUCAAACUGUUAGGAAGAGUAAGGUGUUGGAAUUGCUUGAAGUGGUUCAGUUUAGAUCCCCGAAUACAAACAUGAAGCUUUCUGAGAUUGUUUCCAAUUCGAAAUAUGAUUUGUUGGCAGAGGAUGUUGUUUGUAAUCCUACAACUUCUGGAAAGAGUGGUGUCCAUUACUAUACGGAGCGUGGUGAUAGAUUAAUAGACCUUGCCUCAUUCCGUGAUAAACUUUGGCAGAAAUUCAAUGCUGUUUACCCUCACUUGAGUAACAUUGGGAGUGAAGCAGAGCUGAACGAUGCAAAAGAAACAAUACAACAAUUAUUGAGAUGGGGAUGGAAGAACAAUAAGAAUGUUGAGGAGCAAGCUGCUCAACUUCAUAUGUUAACUGCCUGGUCACAAAUUAUUGAGAUCUCUGCUUCCCGAAGAAUAUCAUCACUCGGUCAUCAAUCUGAACUUCUAUAUCAAAUUCUUGUAGCGUCUCUGACCGCUUCUGCUUCUCCAGACUGUUCAUUGAAGAUGGCAUUUUUGUUGUGUCAAGUUGCACUGACAUGCAUGGCAAAGUUACGAGAUGAAAGAUUUUCAUUCCCUGGUGGCUUUAGUUCUGAUAAUCAGGCAUGUCUUGAUAUAAUCAUGGCAAAACAAUUACCAAACGCAGCUUGUAAUUCAGUCCUGUUUAGGCUCAUAUUGUCAAUUCUUAGACACGAAUCAUCAGAAGCCUUAAGGAGACGGCAAUAUGCACUGCUCCUUAGCUAUUUUCAAUAUUGUCAACAUAUGCUUGAUCCGGAAAUCCCAUCAACAGUUCUGCAAUUUUUGUUGCUUGAUGAGCAAGAGGGCGAAGAUCUGGAUCUCCAGAAGAUCAAUCGAGAACAAGCAGACCUUGCUCGUGCUAACUUCACUACCUUAAGAAAAGAAGCUCAAUCUAUUUUAGAUUUGGUAAUAAAAGAUGCUACUCAUGGAAGUGAACUUGGGAAAACAAUGUCACUUUAUGUUCUGGAUGCAAUCAUCUGUGUAGAUCAUGAGAGAUUUUUCCUGGGCCAACUUCAAAGCAGGGGUUUUCUAAGAUCUUGUCUUACAAACAUCAGCAGCUUGUCUUAUCAGGAUGGUGCACAUUCUCGAGAAUCAAUGCAGCGAGCGCAAACUCUGGAGGCUGAACUUGCUUUGCUUUUGAGAAUAAGCCACAAGUAUGGGAAAUCUGGAGCUCAGGUUAUCUUCUCAAUGGGAGCUUUGGAGCAUGUUGCUUCAUGCAAGGCAGUCAACUUCUUCCAGGGAAGUUUGCGAUGGGUUGACACUAAGAAUCAAAGAGAUGUUUCUGUGGAUAUGAAGAAGCAAAGGAUGAUUGUAACUCCUAUUCUCAGAUUGGUGGUUUCUCUGUUGUCUUUAGUUCAUACAUCUGAAUUUUAUGAGGUGAAGAAUAAAGUUGUUCGUGAAGUCAUAGAUUUUGUCAAGGGGCAUCGAUCACUUUUUGAUCAUGUUCUUCGGGAAGAUGUUUCCCAAGCUGAUGAGUUGAUGAUGGAGCAGAUGAACCUUGUUGUUGGUAUACUAAGCAAGGUUUGGCCAUAUGAAGAGAGUGAUGAAUCUGGCUUUGUUCAAGGGCUUUUUUCUUUGAUGCAUGCUCUUUUCUCCCGUGACAGUGAGACUUUGAGUUCUGCUCAAUCAGUUGGAUUUGCUGAGAAUCACAGGAAGACAGAGCUUAACUUAUUUCGGAUAUGCUUCAGCCUCAGCACAUAUCUAUAUUUUCUUGUCACAAAAAAGUCCUUCAGACUGCAGGUCUCAGACAUGCCUCCUGACUACAAUGCGGCUGUUUCCUCGCAACAGCCGACAUUGAGUUUGCUGGGGUCUUUCCUCACAUAUUUAACAAGUGCUCUUGAAAGAGCUGCUGAGGAAAAAUCCUUACUUCUUAAUAGGAUUCGAGACAUAAAUGAAGUAUCAAGACAGGAUAUCGAUGAAAUAAUCAAUAUGUAUGCUCGGCAUGUAUCAGUCUCAUCAUCAGACAAUAUACAGAAAAGGAGGUAUAUUGCGAUGGUGGAAAUGUGCAACGUUGUCGGGAAUAGAGAUCAGUUAAUAACUAUAUUACUUCCACUAGUGGAACAUGUGCUGAAUGUCUUCCUAAGUCAUUUUCAGGACAGCUCUUUGGCAUUUGAUCCCCCUCGUACUUUCAAGGCAAUUACAUAUGGUACCAAUUCUGGGCCCGUACAAGACAUGUCUUCGUUGUGCGACAAUCUUGUUUCAACUUUAGAAAGACUUGAGUUACUUAGUGAGGACAAAAUAGGCCACAAUCUUAAAGUCUUUCGAAGAUUAGUGACUUCGCUCAAGGAAUUUACGAUCCAGAAGUUGUCUUCAUGAAAGUAUUAUGUGGAUAUAGUAGUUUACUCGAUCCAAACCCAAAUGAAUGUACUGUAAUAUCAUUGUAGUUGUAUAUGAAGAUUUUGUGUAGAUCAGUAAAAGAAUUAGGGGCGAUGGAAAUCCAGUUUGAGUAACAAGACUAGUGGGAUUCGCUUCAGAGAUACUGCUAGUAUCACUCGGUCGUACUUGUCGCAGCA